AUGUCUUCAUCAGGGGCUCCAGGGAGUCGCAAUGGCGGCGGUCCGUCUAAACCAUUCUCAUUUUCCUCGAACUCGAACGGUGCACCAAAGAACACCGGCUUCAACUUCCAGUCAAGUCGCAACCAAGCUGCCCCAACAUAUAAAAACCGCUCUCUUCCUCGCCGACCCCAACAACUUGGACACGAUGACGACUCGGACGAAGAAGAGCGUGCACCCGUGCACGAGGAAGUAUCAGGCUUCGACACACUUACUGGUGGAGCUAUUACAGCCGACGGCGAGGCAGUUAAAAAAGAAGGGCCGUUGGUGAUCCCAGUCACGAGCAAGAACAACUGGCGCGACCGAGCCGGUGUCAAUACAAAGAAGGGCAAAAAGAAUUUACUGCCUGCUGAGGUUCAGGCUAUGCAGGAGGCCGAAAAGACCGGGAAGGCUCCUGCGGGAGGGAAGGCUGAAACGGAGGGUCCCAGCGUGGCCUAUGGACUUAGCUUUGCCCAAAUAAACGAGCAGAAGCCCGUUACCACCGGCGAAGAUCAACCUAUGACAGGUGCAAAACCUCAGGCGUCUACAGCUACCGAAGAUAGCAAGCCUCUUACGGAGGAUCAGGUCGCUUUGCAAGCUUUGAUCCGAGAGAGCAAGGGAGAUGUCGAACGCAGAUCAGACCUGGUGAUUGAGGCCUCGAAUGCUAGAGAUGAAGAGGAACAAGCGCUCUCAGGAUACGACGAAACGAGCUCUUUCCGAACAGACGUUCUGUCUCGUCCUGAACCCGCAACGCUAGACCAAUACAACGCUAUUCCCGUGGAAGAAUUUGGCGCAGCGCUACUACGAGGAAUGGGAUGGAAAGACGGACAAUCUGUUGGACGAGGCAACUAUGGUUCUUCUGCUCCUGUUGAAAAAUCGAACAAACCUCCUGUCCCACCGAGACGACCUGGAUACCUUGGAAUUGGGGCUAAGGAUUCAUCGGGUGGAAAGGGCGCAGAAGCUGAGCUUGGAGCCUGGGGAAAGUCCGCUAUGCGCAAAGCUUCCAGGAAGGCAGGCGAGGACAACUCUGAUGGAAAAACCGAGGGUGUAUAUAUGCCUGUCACGAUGCGAAACAAGAAGACUGGCGAAUACAUGACGGAGGAAGAGCUCGCAGAGCUGAAGAAGAAAGCUGCAUCUCAACCGGAAAAGGACGACUGGCGCGAAAGACGAGACCGGAAUCUGGAAAAGAGCGGGCGAGAUAACGAUCGUGAUCGUGAUCGCGAGUACCGCAAACGCGAUUAUGGUGAUGAUGAUCGCUCUGAUCGGAGGACUGGGUCUUCACGUCGUGAUAGAAGUCGUUCAAGUGGUCGCCAGUCUUCUUCUAGACGCUCGCGGUAUGACGAUGAUGAUGACCGCCGGAGAGACGACCGGUCUAGCCGUGAUCGAGAUCGCCGACGAGAGCGUGAUGACGACAAAGAUUCUCGCAGAGAUCGUGACCGAGUCCGUCGAUCGCGAGAUGAUAGAUAUAGCAGCAGUUCACGACAAUCUUCUUCUCAUUCUUCUCGUCAUGACCGGGACCGCGAUCGAGACCGUGACACUCACCGAAACCGACGUGAUGAUUAG